AUGCUCCGAUUAUUUCACCCUCUACAACGUUCAGUUGCAUUUUACUCUACCGCAACGUCAAAGUGUGUUCCUAUUAUCGGUCUGGAGAUUCAUGCACAGUUGACAAGUGUUCGUUCGAAGCUCUUUUCUCCUGCACACUAUUCAUUCGCUGCGCCGCCAAAUACCCAGGUUGCACCCCUUGAUGCCGCUCUCCCUGGCUCCAUGCCCAUACUGAAUCGCGACUGCGUUGUAUGGGCAGUAGUGGCCGCGCUUGCCCUGAAUUGUCGCAUCAAUUCUCUCUCAAGGUUUGAUCGUAAGCACUACUUCUACUCCGACUCUCCUGCCGGCUUUCAGAUCACGCAGCACGAACAACCCAUCGCCGAGAAUGGCUGGCUUGAGUAUGUUUGGAAGCUGCCAGGAACUAAAUCCUCUCCACAGGUUAGCAAGACUAAAAUCAGGCGAAUUCAACUGGAACAAGAUACGGGAAAGAGCCUUUAUGAUGAAAAAACUGGUCGAAGCCUUAUUGACCUCAAUAGGGCUGGUGUGGCUUUAAUUGAGAUAGUAACAGAUCCGGACUUUAGCACGAGUUAUCAAGCCGCGGCGUUUGUGGAUGAGUUGGCGACGCUGUUGCAUCACCUCCGCGUAUGCUCGGCCAGCAUGUCGACUGGGGAAAUGCGGGUAGAUAUUAACAUCUCUGUUGGAUCUUCCAUCUCUCAACAGGGAUCUAUAGUAGAGGUGAAGAAUGUCAACAGUCUUCGUGCCAUUCGUUGUGCUAUCGAUUAUGAAGUAUCUCGACAGCGUGGAAUUUUUUGCUCCGGUGGUACCGUCAUCAACGAAACACGCUCUUUCGACCUGCUUAGCAGUAAAACUAUACCUAUGCGUGAUAAGGAAGUGGUUCAGGACUAUCGAUAUUUGCCGGAGCCUAACCUACCUCCUCUGCGCAUUCUUGAAUCCUGCGAAGCCUGCUCUUCGAUGGCGGCUCCCUCUACGUCUGGAACAGUUUGUGUCGGCUGUAUACGACUUCAGCACGAAGCCAGUUUUGCCCAGCUGCCAAAUCAGCUUCGUCGGAAUCUUGUAUUCCAACAUGGUCUCCCUCCUGAACGCGCAGCUUCUCUAAUUGAGGAACCUCAGUUGUGUUCUCUCUACUUCUCCACCUCUGCCCUCAUUCUCUCCCAACUUCCCUCCUUAGAGGAGCAGGUUCUAGCAGUUCAAGGCGUUUCACGAGACGAGCUCGAGGGACUUGUGCACCGUGAAAUUGCGUUUUGGUGCUCUGGCCUGCUCUACAGCGGUCUUCAUGAUACACCUGGCUUCCGCCUUCCAUCUGCGGCACAGUUGUCCCAGUUUGUGAUCAUGACCUUAUCCGGCCAAGUAUUCGGCACCGGAGCUGAGCAAGUGUUGAAUUAUCUUUGUGCCGAGGGGGCGUCAGCUAAUGCCCUAGAGAUUGCGGGCAGAACCGGAGCUCUGCUUGUUCACGAUCUGUCUCUAAUUCGUUCCACCUGUAUGGAUUUUAUCAAAUCCAAUCCGGCUCCAGUACUGAAAUACAUCCGCAAAGGUCGUAAACGUUGGCAUCUGCAGUCAAUGGUGAAUCGAAUCGUGCGUAGCACCGAGAGCACCCAGUUGCUUCACGAGGGUCUUGUGGAGCGCUGUCUUUCUGACCUCCUUAAUAGAGUCGACGACGAUGGUAGGGACACUAAUGAAAUAGGCUACUUUUUUGCGGAAAGGCGUGUACAUAUGCACAAUUCAAAUUUGUACCCUGGGGCAAAUAAAGUCGCUAUGAUGAGGAAUUUUCUCUUUUCAUAUGCCAUCCUUGGAAGUGGAUUCGGAAAAGAGAAGAAUGUGUUACCUAUUCUGCGAACCGACGACAACUCGGUUUUAAUUGUGGCCGAGAUCUAUCCACCUCGAUGUUCGGAUUAUCAUCAAAUGAUCCGCUUUCUUGCCUCGCGAUCUAUGUACAUUGGCCCGUCUACUGUGGCGGUAGACAUGGAAGAGUGGUCCCCAAAAGCGUCUGAAGCCACUGCGGAUCAUGGAGGUCUGGUCAGGUCUUCCCAUACUACUAAUCUCUCAGGUACUCAAACUUCUGACCCUUUUGAGGUCUUUUAA